GCGCAGUACACACCGGUUUUCCGGUACAGAUCGGGUAGUGACAGCCAUCUCUGCUCUGUCAGCAGAGCGUUAUUGCUGAGGUUUACUUGAACGGGAGCGGAAAAAAAGCAGAUAACACAAUGAUGAACUUUCGGGUUAUGCAAGUGGUGCGAUGCCCUACAGAUGAGCUUUCAUUGACCAACUGCGCUGUCAUCAAUGAGAAGGAGACACAGAUUGAUCAACACGUGAUUGUACGCAACUCAACCCACAAGUUUCUAUUCACCUUGAGGAAGCAUCCGAGUGUUACCUCUGGAGCCCUCGCCUUCAGUCUGCCACAGCGAAAAUGGGCAGGCCUUUCAAUUGGACAAGAGAUUGAAGUAACAAACUACAAGUUUGACAGGUCCAAACAGUGUAUAAGCACCAUGACGCUGGAGAUAGACUUCCUCCAGAAGAAAAACGUGGACAGCAAUCCAUACGACUCUGACAAGAUGGCCAUAGAAUUCGUCCAGCUCUUCAACAACCAAGCCUUCAGUGUGGGCCAGCAGCUGGUGUUUAGUGUCUUUGAUAAGGUCUUUGGCUUGUUGGUAAAAGACAUUGAGGUCAUGGACCCCAGCAUCCUGAGGGGAGAAAAUGCCCCUGGAAAGAAACCGGAGGCUGGCAUUGGUUUGUUGGUGGGAAACAGUCAGGUGAUUUUUGAAAAGUCAGAGACCUCAUCCAUGACCCUUGUUGGUAAAGCCAAGACAAGAGGGUCUCGUCAGUCCAUCAUCAACCCAGAAUGGAAUUUUGAGAAGAUGGGAAUUGGUGGCCUUGAUAAAGAGUUCUCUGCCAUAUUCCGAAGAGCUUUUGCCUCUAGAGUCUUCCCUCCUGAUAUUGUGGAACAGAUGGGCUGUAAGCAUGUGAAGGGAAUCCUGCUGUUCGGACCCCCAGGCUGCGGUAAAACCCUGAUGGCACGACAGAUUGGCACGAUGCUCAAGGCCCGGGAGCCAAAGAUUGUCAACGGCCCCGAGAUUCUCAACAAAUACGUCGGGGAAUCUGAAGCUAACGUCAGGAAGCUUUUUGCAGACGCUGAGGACGAACAGAAGAGGCUCGGUGCCAACAGCGGCCUUCACAUCAUCAUCUUUGAUGAGAUCGACGCGAUCUGUAAACAGCGUGGCAGCAUGGCAGGCAGCACAGGAGUCCAUGACACCGUCGUCAACCAGUUGCUGUCUAAAAUUGAUGGAGUGGAGCAGCUCAACAACAUCCUGGUCAUAGGUAUGACCAACAGGCCAGACCUGAUCGAUGAGGCCUUGUUGAGGCCAGGAAGACUGGAGGUUAAGAUGGAGAUUGGGUUACCGGAUGAGAAGGGUCGCAUUCAGAUCCUCAACAUCCACACAGCAAAAAUGCGUCAGCACGACCUGCUGACCGGUGAUGUAGACAUCAAGGAGCUGGCUGUGGAGACUAAGAACUACAGUGGUGCUGAACUGGAGGGUCUGGUCAGAGCUGCACAGUCCACUGCCAUGAACAGACACAUAAAGGCCAGCAACACUGUGGAGGUAAACAUUGAGACGGCAGAGAAGCUGCAGGUCAGCCGAGUUGACUUCAUGGCCUCGCUGAAUAACGACAUCAAACCUGCGUUUGGUACCAAUCAAGAGGACUAUGCCAGCUACAUCAUGAAUGGUAUCAUUCGCUGGGGCGACCCAGUGUCGGCAGUGCUGGAGGAUGGGGAGCUGCUGGUUCAACAAACAAAAAAUAGCGACCGGACACCGCUCGUCUCUGUUCUUCUGGAAGGUCCACCUAGCAGUGGUAAAACAGCAUUGGCAGCUAAGAUUUCAGAAGACUCCCAGUUCCCGUUUAUCAAGAUCUGUUCCCCCGACAAAAUGAUCGGGCACUCAGAGAUCGCUAAAUGCCAAGCCAUCAAAAAGAUAUUUGAAGAUGCCUAUAAAUCCCAGUUGAGCUGUGUGGUUGUGGAUGACAUUGAACGCUUGUUGGACUAUGUUCCAAUCGGCCCUCGUUUCUCCAACCUGGUGUUACAAGCUUUGCUGGUGUUGCUGAAGAAACCUCCUCCAAAGGGUCGUAAGCUGCUGAUCAUUGGCACCACGAGUCGAAAAGAUGUCCUCCAGGAAAUGGAGAUGUUGGAUGCUUUCAGCACCACGAUCCACAUCCCCAACAUCUCGAGGGGAGAACAGUUGGUUGAGGCUUUGGAGCUGCUGGGCAGUUUCCAGGAGAUCGAGCGGGCCAUGAUCGCAAAGGCAGUCAUGAACAAAAGCCUGUGGAUUGGGAUUAAAAAAUUGCUUAUGCUGAUUGAGAUGGCUGCGCAGAUGGAUCGUGACCACAGAGUGAGCAAGUUCCUGAGUCUGUUGAGAGACGAAGGAGCACUGGGUUCUGAUAAGUUUGUGGUGUGAUAUAGACUUGGAGGAGCCACAGUGAAAAGAGGCAUCCUUCAGUGUUGCUGAGGAACUGUAUGAAGGAGGAAGCGAGCGAGAGAUGGAUAGAUUCCAUCGCUCUCUUUGCGUUUCCACCCCCGAAGCUGUGUGUGUACCUGUAACAACCCAGGCUGCCUCCUCCUCCUCCUCCUCCUCCUCCUCCUCUUCAGCAACGUGUGAACAUGUAAAUUAAGAGAAUUAAGUUGGUUUUCUGUAUAUACAGCAUUUCUAUUACGCUUCUGUUGGACUCGGCUGUGAUUUUAUACUUAAAAAAAAAAAAAAGAGUGAAGGAAAAAAGAUGAAUUCCAUUGGGAAGUAGACGUGCAUGCAAGAAACACUAAUGAUGAUGAUACCGUUCACUGUUUAUAUCGGCCUCGUAUUUUUGUGUGCACACAUUUGUUAUCUAAUCAUUCCAGGUCAUGGUGGCUGCUCAACUCUGAGAUCUCACGUUGUUCUAAUCAUUUGUACUCGUUUAUGCCUUUUUAUUUUAUGAAUAAAUUAAGUACUACAUUCAUGAAA